AUGUCUGUUUUCCAAACAAAGGGAGAACGGAAGAAACUAAGAAAUCGGAUCUUACCUUGGAGUACGGGUGAUAAUUAUGCAAGCACCCAGGUUACCCUCUCGUCGAACAUGAGUAGAACGGACCAGGAUGGUUGGCAAGUCAACAGUAAGUGGGAAACCAAAGACCACAAGAGUGAGUUUCUACGUGACUAUUUGGUUAUUGUCUUCGGUCGGAGCGGUCCGAAAGAGAUCUGGGUGGGAUACCAACAAGGAAUUGGCUGA